GAAAACAGUUCAGUAAUUUAAAUAAAAUACACGAUUUUAUGAAAAUGAGUAGAUUUUUGACUUUAUUUGUGCUUAUGUCUGUAAGUACUUCUGGUGAAAUACAGAUCUUUAACAUGAAACCUAACGGAGGAAGUUGUAAAACGCCAGAUAUGAUUCUACUUCAGUGUUGCUUUCUUGGUAAAGGCGUCUAUGAGUUCUACGAAACUAGUUCUGAACAGUUUAAAGUGUUACAGUUUAACAAAUUGUUGGACUCGUCACUUAAAAUUGAAACACUGAAAAACCUUAAACAUGUGAUCAUUGAUGAAACCGAUUUACAUUGUGCCAAUUUCACAGGACGAUUCAUGGUUACACUCAACAGUACAGGCUGCGGUUUCCAUAUUACCAAGGAGGAUAUUCCCCCACCCAGCAAUUUCACAUGUCCGUCAAAUACUGUGGCAGAUAGUCAGCUACCCAGCAGUCAGACAAUGACACGGACUCGUAUAGACAGUCAGGUUGUAAUGACCAUCACUCCUCACAUACAAACAUAUGUACAGCAAGUGGCAAUGAGGUUCACUCCUGACCCAGAAACAGAUGAACAACAAGUGGCAAUGAGGUUCACUCCUGACCCAGAAACAGAUGAACAACAAGCGGCAAUGCCCAUCAAUCCUAACCCUGAAACAAUCCAGUUACACUUGACUUGGCAGGACCUAGGAUUGGAGAUUAGGGUUAUCCUUUUGAGUAUUCUAGUGGUUAUGAUUCUGAUCCUGACGUUUUUCCUCGUUGUUUGA